AUGACCAAGGAGGAGCUUAACGCCGACAAUAGAGGCGAACGCGAUGUGGAGAUCGAGAUUCACCUCCCCGAUAUCGACAGUGCGAUCAAGGUGCGAUGGAGUAGUAACUUGAUCUUUGCUCCGGGUAUUUCGGGCAGCGACGCUUUCGUCCCCGCCGUCGCCAUUGUCUUUGCCGGGAUUUGCGCUCUGGAAAACUAUAGAGAGGCAUUGCAACAGUGUCGUCGACGCAUCAGUAGUUUGCUAGACCGUGUGCUCUAUUCUUCUGCCCGACAAGUGCAUCCUGCGUUUGCAUUACGACAAGAUGGCGGUGGCGGCAGAGGCGGUGACGGUCGGACGGUUUGCGCCGUCUGCUUAGGUUCAUUGACGGCGGGGGAUAUGGUGAGAUUAUUGCCGGUGUGCGCGCACAUGUUUCAUGCGGACUGCGUCGACCCUUGGCUUCGCCAGCACUCGACGUGCCCGCUUUGUCGGUCGGAUGCGUUUCUUGGUUAG